UUAAAACGUGAGCCAAGCUUGGAGCCAAGGUUCGGGGCUGGGCAGGACUGAUUGGGCACUGAGCGGCCUGCUGAGUAAAUAGUGAUCCAGUUAUUGAGCUUUUCUCGUUCAGUUCAGUACGGUCGUCCUACUCUGUUAAGUUGAUCUUGAGGUCAUCUGCGUCACCGAGGCUAUGGGAGGCGAUGAGAAGCAGAGGCUACCUGUUAUCGAUGUAGGAAAGCUUGGUCUAGGGAACGAACCUUCGCUGACAGAUCCCGACUGGCUGAGGGUAGGGAAGGAAAUUGCGGCUGCCUUCCAACAUAUUGGUUUCGUUUACCUGAAAGGACACGGAGUUCCCGGGGGGCAGGUCGAUCAGAUCGUAAGCGCAGGGGCCAAGUUCUUCGACCUCUCUCAGGAGGAAAAGGACAAGUUCCCCAGGGACCCUGACAAGCAGCACGGCUACGUCACCAUAGGCAGAGAAAGGUUCAACGGCAUCCAUUCCUAUGAGAUACGCGAAGCCUAUGAUGUCAAGAGAACCGACGGAAUGUUCCCUGACAUCGCCGUUCCGGAAUUCAGGCCGGCUGCAGCUGACUUCAUGGACACAUGCAUGAAGUUUACAAAUCGAAUUCUGAUCGCAAUGGCUCUAGGACUAGAUUUGGAUCGCAACUUCUUCGUCGACACCCACCGGGAAAUCUUCAGCGAUAACAACACCUCCUGCCUCCGGCUGCUCCAUUACCCGCCCGUGGCACUGGAUAUUUCGGAGGGAGCGAUCCGCUGUGGUGCUCACACUGACUAUGGCACCAUCACCCUCCUCUUUCAGGAUGACAUGGGCGGCUUAUACGUGCGCGAUCGCAAAGGCCAGUGGGUAAGUGCUGAUCCCAUACCAGGAACCAUUUUGGUCAACGUUGGUGACCUCCUGCAGUUCUGGACGUCAGAUAAACUCAUAGCCACGGAACACAAAGUCCUAAUUCCUGAGGAAGAAGUGUGUAGGAGAACCUGCAGGCGAUCUACGGUGUUCUUCGUCCAACCGGAUGACCCGGUCCUCAUCCACCCUCUCUACGGUGCAUCCACCUUUACUCCUGUCACAGCUAGGGAUCACAUACUCAAGAGAAUCCGGGAAACUUACAAGUAGUAGAAAUAUUGGCAUUUGUUUGAGAGAGAUAGAGAACAUUACAAAUAUACAAUACAGACAGAGAUGCCUGGGGUGUUGUGCCAUCAAGAGAUUUGGUUAGAUAGGCCUAAUGGAGGCAGAAUCCGAUUAGCUAACACUUUCCGCCACAUUUCCCAAUGUACAGAGCUGAAUUAACAGUCAAAAUAUUACUUCCAAUGUUAAUUCUGCUUUUAUUUGCCUUGGCAUCUGCUUGAACCAUGCUAGAUCAGCUAGAGCAAAAAUUUCAGUUCUUGUGCACCUACUAGAGUGUUUCUGGAAACUUCACAAACGUGUACUUCAAAGUGUCAGGAAAACCCGCCAACGUUCCGUCUACUCAAGUUGAUCAUGAAAACUUUUGAAUGUCCAUAUGAAACUCACGGAAACUUAUAAAUAUUAACGUAUAAUCAACAGUUUGCUAAAACCCACAUAUUGACAAGUAUUUCUAAGCUUUGGAGAAGCUUGCAAAUAACAUUUUCUUUAAAAACAAUACAACAAAUUCAGGGACCUAAAUUUUAAAGAAUAAAUAAUAAUAAUUUUUGCUGUCAGAAACACAUGAUUAUCAAGAAGAAAGGAACCUGGUAAAGCUAAUGUAUACUUGGCAAGGAAAGUUAAGAUACAGUUUUUUUAAAUCUUCGGACAUAUAUUGUUCAAUAAUGCCACACCUGGCAACUCUUGAAAGGGGGCGGAGCUUCAAAAUCAGCGUUUGUUGCUUUCUAGAUUUCCAUCAACUUUACACCAUAAAGAUUCUGUUGAGGUCCUAUAACAUUUAUACUUGAAUGUAAAAACAGGCUCUAUAUUAUUCGUUAAUGUUGGUUUGGUAACGUCAGUUCAGGGUAGAAUAUCGAUCAUCCUUUUUUAAAACCUACUGUGAAACCUUAUUUGUAAGUAAUGUUUGACACUAAACUGACGUAAAAUUAAUACGUAAUUAAAGACGGAUCUUAAACAAUGAGAGAAAGGGUUUUAAAAUUUUGGCAGUACUUAUGGAAAUCGUGAGGAACAAUACAGUAAAGAAUGAAAUAUUAUGACGACAGAGAGAGAGAGAGCGCGCAAGCAUAGGCCUAUCAAUAGAUACUUAAUUCAUAAUAUUUACUUUGCGAGAUUAAGUGAUAAUAUUUUUUCAAAUGUUUCAAAAGUGGGGAGAGAGAGAGAGAGAGAGAGAGAGAGAGAGAGAGAGAGAGAGAGAGAGCAUAGGCCUAUCUAUAGAGAUAAUUAAUUCAUUAUAUACACUUUGAGAGAUUGAGAGAUAUUUUUUUUCAAAUGUGUUUUAAAAGUGGAGAGAGAGAGAGAGAGAGAGAGAGAGAGAGAGAGAGAGGGAACAAAAUCUGCUCACGUGAAAGCUUAGGCCUAAUUAUAACCACUUAAUUUCAUUAUAUUUUCUUUGGGAGAUUGAGUGGUAAUAUAUAUAUUUUUAAAGUAUGUUUUAGAGAGAGAGAGAGAGAAUAGAAUUAUAGUACUGGUGUCGGACUUGUGACAGGGGAAAGGCGGAAGAAAAUAUAAUGAAUUAGUAUCUCUAUCGAUAGGCUUAUGCUUGUGCGAUAUAUGACGGCCAAGAUUGUGCUGCACUAUGUUAGAUAAAAUUUGAAGGAUCAUAAUAUUCAAGUUAAUCCUCUAAGAAAUUCAUACCCUAAUAUUGAUUACAUUUGACAGUUGCCGUAGCAUUCAAAGAUUGUAAAAAGACGUGGAAAUUUUUAGACAGGCUGAGGCCAUUCUUCCUCUCUUGAUAUAAACCUUACUUUUGAAAAUCGGGUUUCAUCCACAAAUCAUUCACGAAAAAAGCUGUGUUAAGUAAAACUAUUUAUUACCACAAAUAACUCAAUAUGUAUUGCACAGGCAAUUAAAGUUUUAUAUCGUGUAAAAAAUGCUGAUGUGCUGGGACAUCUUUCAGCCUCCGGCUAAGAAAUGUAGUCGUGUAGGGCUGUAGGCUACUAUGAACUGCUUUGUAAUGGGAGCAUAUAGCCAGAAAAUCUUUGAGCUGACAUGCUACUUUAACCUUGAUUAAGAUUUAUGUUUAAAGACAGUAGCUUUGUAAACAGCAACUAGCAUUCGAUCCAUGUCAACGUCAAAGAAAUCAAAGUGUGAAAUCCGUUACGUUAGCCAGUAUGAUGCAAUAUAACCCCGUUCAUGAAGCAAAACGAGUAAAUAUUGUCGUCGUGAUACAUAGUACUAAAAUCAGAAAUUCACAUUCUAUCUACCAGGUCUCUAUGAACGAAUCCACCUGAGAAAUUCCAAUUACUUCGGACAUAUAUCGUGUUUUUAAGUAUCUGAGCAGUUUUGUUUUGCAGUUUUAACUUAUAUAAUAUAAUUUGCAGUAUAUUUUCAUAUUUUAGAGUAAAUUUAGCGAUAUUAUGUCUUUUCAAUAAAAACAAAUGGGAAAUUGGAUGAACGAAAACUAAUGAAAACUGUAUCUUCAGUUUUCUUGUCGAGUGUACUUCACACUACGAUUAGUGGCCACAAAAUAGUAAUUUCGCUCCUUUACGAGCAAAUCAGGUAGCUUUACAGUAGAUUCACAUUAACCGUGCAUCUAGUGUCUAGGCCAGUCCUUUACAACGCUUCUGAUUGGCUGUUGAUAAACCAAUGACAGGGCUGGAAACUCAAUCUCUCUCGAGACUCGAGAGUUCACAUGGGUAGGAUCUAUGUUCCAUCUCUCCUGAGGGAUGCUUUUGAAAGACGUAUCCCUCAGGAAAGGUGGAACAUACAUCCUGCCUAUGUGAACUCUCUCGAGAGAGACAGUUUCCAGCCCUGUGAUUGGCUUAUCAACAGCCAAUUAGGAGCAUCGUUAGGGACGGGCCUAGGCAUCAAAUGCACGGUUGAUGUGAAUCUAUUAUAGUACAAUAAACUUAUGAUGGAAAAAACCCUGGAAAAACCUGACUAAUAAAUCUAUAUCUGACUAUCAAUUCUAUUUACCAUUUAAUUACAACCUAUAUAAAUAUUUAUUCAUUCUAUCACUUGUGAUAAAUAAUAAAGAAUAAAAAUAC